AAAACAUCGCAAAACGUUCAAACCCGCAAACGACAACGGCCGCCAUUCAUCUGAAUGUAGUUUGUGUAUCCUUCUGGUGAAAAUAAUAAUCAAAUAUUCUAUCGCAAAGAAGUGCUUAUUCCUCUAAUUUUGCUGUAAUUUUGAAGCUAAGAGUGCAAGGGUUAGUUUGGAAGGUGAUAGUUUGAACGCGCACAAUGGAAGACCUGGAAAAAACCAAGGAAAACAUUCAACCGUUGCGCGGCGGUCGAAAUGUGGAGCAGCUGGAAAUAGCCCUCACCUCGGAAUCGCAAUUGGCCGAAGAAAGAAGACAACACGAGCAGCGCAUCGAGAAGUACGAAGGUGACGAUCCGCUUCUGCCUUGGUACGAAUAUAUCUGCUGGAUUGAGCAAACGGACAUCAGCAAUGGGAAAACUUCAGGCAGCAACGAGAUUCUUCUGCGAUGUAUCGAAAAAUUCGAAACGGAAGAGCGCUACCACCAGGACCAUCGAUUUAUCAAGCUUUGCAUGAAAUAUAUCGACACCCAACGUUCGCCACAAGAGCUCUAUCAAGAAUUGUACCAUCGAGGUAUAGGGACGCUGUGCGCCGAGUUGUACAUUGGCUGGGCUUAUUACUACGAUGCCGAGGAUAACUUUGCCCAAACCGAAUCCGUCUUCCAGAAGGGCUUCGAUGCGGGGGCCACACCCCGGGAAGACCUCGAGCAAGCUCAUCGUCAGUUUGGGUUCUCCAUGUCGCAGAGACUGCUCCACAAAGACGAAUCUUCCAAGCUGACCUUCAAAUCGUCUUUGGAAGAACGGCGAAAUGCCCUGACGUCGUUGAAGGCUCACAAGAAACGACACGUCGGUAGCGUUCGGACAGGGCUCGCCGUGAAGAGCUUCCACCCUGGAAUUGUUAAUCAGGAGAAUAUUCCAAACGGGCCAAUGAACUCGAAUGUUUCACUGCCAGUCUACUCAGGUGCCGCUGAAACUUCAGCCUCGAAUCAAUCGAUUGUUCGCUCCCUGGUGAAUCAUGCACGGGAUCGGGAAAAUGUCCGUGAACCGGGACCUUGGUCGAAUGUAAAAAGCCAUCAUAAGCGUGGCCCCCUUUUCGGAACGACACACGAGCCGUCAUUUAAAAUAUCUGAAGAUCCGAUCGAAUUUCAACCCAUUCCGGUGUUGGUCGACAAUUUGUCACGCGGAAUCCAACUAAGCGUCAAGCACAAACGGCAAAAUUAUCCCCAGAAACCGUUUGAACUCGCAGUUUGCGACGAUGACAAACCGUCGGGUUUUCCCGUGUACGACAAGUUAGCUCUCUACUGUCGGGGAUCAAAGGAAGAUUUCUGCCCGGAAGAGCUGCGUGGUUAUCGGUACUUUAAACGCCGCGGUAUCGUCAACAAAAUGACCGAACAGUACGAUCCUAUUUGGGCCAACGGAUCCGUUGCAGGAAUCCGCUUACAUCCGUAUCAUGUGCGGGAGUACCGGUGCCGGCCGGGUGAUGACUUAAAGACGGAAAAGCCCACCAUCGGAACCGGUACCCAGGGAAUGCAAACCCGGAUUGCGGAGAUCUACGCCACCGACAGGGAAGAAAUGUCCAUCGAAGAACUACGGAUGCAAAAGUGGAAGGACGGCAAAAUCAAACGACAUAUCGACCACAAGCAUGACGACGACAUGAUGCGAAUAGACAUGGACGAAACGAUUGUUCAAACGAAACGUGUUUCUAUUGCGCCUCCAAGAGUCAGCAUGAUGCCGCCGACACAACCGGGAGUAAGCAGAAAAUCGGUACUGCCUCCCAAAAUCAAUGCGAUCCUAGAAGAGGCAGAUGAAACCACAGCAAGUACAUCAAAAGUUGUGCCACCAGAAGAGAUCUCAGGCGAAGCGAAAUAUACGGGAGCUAUCAAAAAGUCGGACAUUUACAAACGCCGCUCAGUAGAUUCACCCGAUAUCAAACCAGGGCCCAAAAAGAAGAUAUCGUUGGAGGGUCAAUUGCCGGAAAACGAAAUACAUGAACAGGAACAACCAGAAUUUGUCGUUCCUGUCGUUAAACCCAAGUCGAAACUGACUAUACCAAUCUUUGUGGACGACGAAGAACCUGCCGAAAACAAAGACACCAACAGUUACUAUCCAAACGAGUCAUGCUCGACGCAAAUGUUCAACAUGUUUGUUAAAAGUCAAAGCACGCCACUGGCCCUGAAAGCUGGUCCAACGAGAAAGUCGGACGUUCCGGUACGGCGACCAAAUUUAUCUUUCGAUGAGCAUGACGAAGUUGAGCCACCUGUUCAGGAUGAAAACCUCGCUCAGUUACAUCCUAUGAAGACUAAUGAUGAGAACGCCGAACCGGAAUCACUGAUUCCAUUAGGUUCAAACAUAACUCACGCACCUAAACAACUGUCGACGAUCAUGGAACGUACCGAAAAUAGUACCAUGUCCGGAGCCGGUAGUACCAAAUCUUCCGUUUCGUCGCCACCAGUCGGGGAAAUCAUUUCGCCAAUGCCCGGCAUCCCUUCAGACGACGAAAGAUCCUGUGAACGGAACAUGAAACAAGCUGUCAAAAAUCUCACCAAUUUCCAACUGGAAAGUACAAAGGAAGAUUCCGUUUUCAAAGUUCCUGAAACGCUUGCCAAUGUGGCGCCUAAAUCAACGGAUGUAUCUUCAUUCAACGUGUUUCAAGAUGAAGCACCAGUUGCGACGAAACCUGUCACAGUUAGCCCCUUCGUGAUCCACAUCGAUAGCACUGAAACGAUGGCCAAUGUCCCACUGGUAUCGAAAAUGGACCUUCCCCAGCCUGUUCUGGAUGACAAAGAGAAUAAAUUACUAACGAAUGCGGAACCGAGACAGGACACUCACUUUCAGGUGCAGGAGGAACCAACGACAACCGGAACCACCAACACUCUCUUCAGAAAUGUUUCUCAUCUUCCCCAACGCGACCUCGGUGUCAAUUCUAUAAUGUCUUUCAAAAUGACCACGGAACGAACGAAUACGGUGCCUCUCCCGCUAGUGAAGCAACCCGUGGCUCCUGCUUCACCUCCCAAACCCUCCAAAGCCGAUGAUUCACUGUUCGAAGUGUUGGCCAAAACGCCAUCUCCGAAGGGUUUGAAACAGAAAUCAUUCUUCGAUUUGGCAGACUUCCAAAAAACACCGCAGCCUAAAGUCCCGGAGGUUAGAGAACCACCUGCAAAGCAGCAACCGUCCACAAUUGGUAGCGAAUCGACAAUUCCCGCUCCAAAGCCGAUUAUCAUACAGAGCGUCAUGGGAGCGAUCAACCUGGCUGAUUUUCCAUCACCGCCGAAGCGAGGCUCGAUCGAGGACCUGAACACGGAAAUCUUCUCACUUCACAUGAACAACGUUAAAAACUCCACCCUGCUGCCGGGUAGUUUCCCAGCAGAAUUCGACGCACCUAUGCCAACGGAAAUCAGCCCUGGCGAUGCAAAACCACUACGGAACAUCGACUUCGAGAUCAGCCGCAGCGAAGUGGAAAUGCGAAAGCUGGACCUGGACGACAAAAAGAUCGACUCUGAUGGAUUCACGGUACCGGCUGCACCCGUGUUUAAGUCUCCCAUCAUCAUUGAGCUGGACGAUGGCGACAGCGACGAAUUGGGCAAAAGCAUCUACGUGCAGAAACCGCAGACCACAUCCUCUGAGAAGAUCCAGAGAUGGGAUGAGAUCGACGAGAACUUCAACCCGCAAAAUAAUGCCUACGUGAAGAAGGAAACCGACCCGGACGAAACGAUGCAAUUCAUCUACCAGCAGACCCAAACCGGCGAGAUAGAUCCGUUCGAUCCCAAGCUGCAGGAAGCGUUUCUGGAGCAGCUGGAUUUCAUGAAGUACAUCGAGGAGCUGUCCACAUGUUCACUGGUGAACAAGGUGCAGCCCCUGUCGAAGGGGAUGGUCGUAAACAUUUGUGACACCAAGUUCUCGGUGCAGAAGAAGAUCGGCGAGGGCACUUUCGGGAUGGUUUACAGCGCCAAGAAUCUCAGUUCCAAUAAAGUGGUUGCGAUGAAACAGGAACGUCCAGCUAAUCUUUGGGAAUAUUACAUAUGCCUGGAAUUAAGGAGCCGCGUCAACAACGAUGAUAUUCUUCCCGGAAUGAUGAGUGUCGAUUACGCUAUUGUGGGAAAUAAUGCCAGCAUACUUGUGUCGCCUUUUUCACGUUUCGGUAACAUUCUGGACGUCUGCAACGUAGUUAAGCGAGUGACCAGCAAAAACGUCGAUGAAUUUAUCGCCAUGGUCAUCACCAGUCAGAUACUGUCCAUUAUAGACCACCUGCACAGCUGUAUGAUCAUCCACGCCGACAUCAAACCGGAUAAUUUUCUGCUAAUGAAUCCUGUUGAUUUGGAUUCUGCGAUACCGUGCGUGCAACUGAUUGACUUUGGUGUUUCCAUUGAUCUCAAAUUGUUUCCCAAGGACACAACCUUCAGAAAAGUCGUAACAACGGAAUGUUUCACUUGCAUUGAAAUGCUCGAAAGGAGGCCGUGGACUUAUCAGCCAGACCUGUACGGUGUUGCUGGAACGACACACGUCAUGCUGUUCGGAACAUACAUGGAAGUGCAGAAAGAUAUCGUCAAUUGGAACAUCAAGGCACGGAUGCCACGGUAUUUCCGGAAAACCGUCUGGGACAACUACUUCUCAUCGAUGCUGAACAUCCGUGACUGUAACGAAAUGCCCAACUUGCAAGCGUUGAGAGGCAGGUUACUGGCAGAAAUCGAAGAAAACAGAAAGUAUAUUCGUGAUAAGGUAAGCGAGUUCAAUCAAGCUAUUUUAUCCGGGUGAACGCAAAGUCAACCAUUGACUACAGAUGUAAAAGUAUUUUAAUUAAUGGAACUAAUCUUUCUAAUCAAAUACAAACAAUUUCUUACUAGGACUGAAAA